GAUGAUCCUCCGUUUGAUCGAAUUAACAAUCAUCCUCGCCCCAUCGGUACUCGCCUACUCGCUUCCCGUGUACGGCACCAAACGGUACGGUCGUACCAACCAACAGUACCAGUACCAGUACCAGAACCCUUCGAAUUCCUACUCAUCCUACCGAAUCGUACCGAUCGGCUACUACAAGAACCCCUACGCCCCUUCCAACUACCACACCUACCCUCUACCCUACUACUACCCGAAGGUCUACCAACACCCUCUGCCCUAUAACUACUACCAAGACCACAACGGGUACUCCUACUACGACUACAGCGACCCCGACGGCGACUACGCCCAGGAACCCGACAACUACGACGAAGCCUCCAACGCGGAGGAUGCGAACGGGGCGUUUUUGAACAACCUCAUCCUCGCCCAAAUGUACAGGGACAACUACGACGACUACGACGAGGCGUUCGCGAAGAUCGAAGAGCUCGGCAGACCUCCCGUCGUCGACGAAACGGUCGAGCAGCUGCAGCAGCUGCAGAAGCACCGCGGCAACGCGCACUGGGCGCAGCCUGAAGCCUCCGAUGCAUCGGCUGUCGACCGACAGCAGCGCAAGAACAAGCAGAGGAAGCCGAAGAAAGUGGGCGAGAAGAAGUCGAAGCGAGCCGAAGAAGGGGAAUUGUACUCGGAGAGGAAGCCGGUGAGGAAAUUGGUGUCCACUACGCCGAAGCCGACUGAUGAGAUGAGUGGAGGUCAGAAGGAGCAGUUCGAAGUGAGACCGGCGACGCCGGUGAGACACGCUUUCUCCGAUCAGGUGAUGGAUAUGAUGGCGAGGAACGAGCAGGAGCACCAGGAGAGGAACCAGCGAUCGCCGUCGGUCUACGACACCAUCAAGCAUCUCUUGGACAUGGAGAAGAGCCUGGAGAAUAAUCGAGAUAAAGCGGAAAUGCGGCCCGCGAUGAAGAAGCGAAUAAUAACGCCGGAGGAAAGUCUGACUAGGCAACUGUCGGUGUUGAAGAAAGCUCAGUAA